CCGACUUCACGUGAACGAUGCAGAUCCCAAAUUGGAUCAGCCUCAGGAGAGUUACAAUAAAAAGUGCGGUACAUCACACUGCACAUUCGUGGAGUAAUGGUCAAGUUGAAUUCCUGGAGGACGUUGACAUUAUUGGCAGCAGUGUCUGCUGUUCAAGGAGUAGCUCAAUGGGACAAUACGCUCUUCGAGGAUCAGGUGAAUUGUCCCAAAUAUGGGGACUACACUGAUCACUGGCAUGGACCGUCGAGCGGCGGGAUCCAUAACAUGUCCUCUAUGCGGCCAGAGCCACGUUGUCGAAGCUUCAAGAGCGCAGUCGUUGAAGCCACCAUCGCGAAUGUCACGGCCUCGAUUGCAGAUGUCGACUUGAAGCGACUAUUCGAGAAUACCUUUCCCAACACCCUGGACACCACUGUGAGCUGGCGAGGAGUAUCGGAGAACAAUACCGAAGAGGAGCUCGCAUUUAUUAUUACGGGUGACAUUGAUGCCAUGUGGCUACGAGAUUCCGCAAAUCAACUGCAAUCCUAUGCUGCUCUCCUAACAGCUUCGAACAGCCACGACGAUGCCUUGCCGUCCUUGUUCAGGGGAGCCAUCAAUUUGCAGGCCCGCUACCUUCUCGCCGCGCCGUACUGCAAUGCCUUCCAGGCUCCUGCUGAGCAAGGGAGAGAUCGCGUGGAGAAUGGCGCACACAAUGGCCAGAAGAUCAGGCCCGAAUAUGACUGGAACAUGGUUUUCGAGUGCAAAUAUGAGCUGGACUCUCUUGCCGCUUUCCUCCAAUUAUCUUCUACGUACUUUGAGAAGACGGGCGAUCUCGAAUUCUUUCGCAAAUUCAGCUGGCUGUCUGCAACAGAAAUGGUCCUGAACGUGGCACAGAAUAUGACCGAUCAUCCCACUUACAAUGAUAACGGCACUACCGCAGAGCAGCCGUAUACCUAUUCUCGAGUGAGCAACCAUGGCAUAGGUAAUCCAGUUGCAGCAGGCACUGGUCUCGUGCGAUCCUUCUUUCGACCUUCGGACGACCCAACGAUUUAUCAAUUACUGAUCCCCUCCAACAUGAUGUUUUCCCAAUUCACCGGACUGGCCGCCAAUAUAGCCGACCAACUGGGCAACCAGACUCUAGCCAAACGCAUGCAGGAAAUGUCCGCAUCGAUCCGCGCAGCCAUUACAGAACACGGCAUCACGCACACGAAGCAACAUGGCCCCGUCUACGCAUUCGAAGUCGACGGCUACGGCAGCGCAAACGUCAUGGAUGAUUCCAAUUCUCCUUCACUGCUUUCUUCCGCAUUCUUCGGUUACCACAACAUUACCGAUCCCAUCUAUCAAAACACUCGAGCCCGAGCUCUCAGUAUAUAUAAUCCCUACUGGGCACACGGCAGCCACAUCUCCGCGGUGGGUGGUCCACACAAUGGUCCUGGAAAGGCCUGGCCGUUGGCGUCUAUAAUGCGAAUUUUGACAUCUGACGACGAUGAAGAAAUCUCGCAGCAGCUGAGACAGCUCGUUAGCAGUACGGAUCAGAAAGGUCUGAUGCACGAAAGUGUGAAUUCUCACAACUCGAGCCGCUGGAGUCGAUCGUGGUUUGCGUGGGCUAAUGGCAUGUUUGGCGAGUGUAUACUCGAUUUGAAGGAACGAAAACCGCAUUUGUUGCAGUUGAGUUUUCAGGACGUACAAGUGGAUUCUCAUGAUGAUCGUGGUCAUGUGGAUUAUACGCCGUUGAUGAACGGCAGUGACGGUUCAUUGGGUAUUGCAAACUCUACCGUUACCUCUUCUUUGGAGACUUCAGGUCCUGACGCCGAGGCCACUCCUCCUCCUCCUCCUUCUCUUUCUACUACAGCAGACUCUCAAGCUAAACACGAAGAUGAACAAUCUCCUAAUCACAAUCACGAAGAAGAAGAAGCAAAACCCAUGUCCAACCACGACCAUGCCCACGGAGCAGCACCAGCGGAACACCACGCCCCAAUCCACAUCGAAGAGAGUAAAAUGACCUGGUUUUGGUUCAUGACCGGUUUUCUCGCAGCAUGCUCUCUACUCAUUGUCGUCCUAUCCUCGUGGAGGAGGAGGAGGAGGAGGAGUCCAUCUCUCAUCAAGAAUAAUCAAGAUCAUAGCGACGACGGAGAAGAAGAAGGAGUACCUUUAACGGAACUGCACGAAUAAGUAAAAAAUAAAAUCCAUAAAUGACUUGUGUGUACCCUCACAGUAAGGUACUUUUUCGUGAUGAUAUUUUCUCGUAAAGCGAUAAUAGAAAUCUGUAUCUAGCGUGUACAGUACUAUACCUACCCUACCUUAC